AUGGUUCAUGAUCAUCCAUAUUUUCCGUCGCGUGGGAAUGCGUUUAUUUUACUUGCGGCUAUCGAUCAUUCAGAUCAUAUGGUGAUAACAAAUUCGAUGAAUACAUUGUUUGAUGAAAAUCUAGUGAAAGAAUACUCAGUUAUUGCUCUACCUCUCAUACAUAUGUCGCCGAACGAAUUUAUCAACGAUCUAUUGGAGUUUCUGAAAAAUGAAAGUGCUGUGAAAGCUUAUGAGAUUCUGAAAAUCUUCACGGAACUUGCUUUAAACGAGCAGAUAGAUGCGAAGAGUAAAUCGAAAAUCAUUAGUUAUAUUGUGAGAGAGAUUGGCAGGUUUGAAUCGAAAAAACCCAUCAGCUAUUAUUAUACGGACACAAAAAUUCCAUUUACGACAACAUUGGAAAAAGAAUUAUACAAAUCGUGGAUUAAAAUUCAAGGACUCUCGGGCAAAACGCAAUAUUCUAUCGAAAAUGAUCAAUUAAAACAAUGA